AUGGAGGGUAAUAAAGACGAAGCAAUACGGUGUCUCAAAAUAGCACGAGAUCAUUUAGCAUCAGGGAAUGUAUCUGGCGCGAUUAAAUUUGCACAAAAAUCAAUAAACCUAUUCCCGACAACGGAAGCACAAACCUUCCUUAAACAAACUGAGUCUAAAAAAAUUCCAAAUGGUCGAGAAAAUAACAUUCGUCAAGCUCCAUCGCCGAGUACCUCCAGAGAACAUAAACAAGGAAGACAAAUAGGUGAUUAUACCACUGAACAAGCUGAGGCUGUCAAGCGAAUAAGGGCUUGUAAAGCCCACGAUUACUAUUCUAUACUGGGAAUAAGCAAAGAUGCUACCGAUUCAGAUGUUAAAAAGGCUUAUCGAAAGUUGGCUUUACAAAUGCAUCCUGAUAAAAAUGCUGCGCCUGGUGCUGAUGAGGCUUUCAAAAGUUAUGAUCCGCAAAAGCGUUCUAUAUUUGAUGAGCACGGUGCUGACCCCGAUUCACGAAGUAGUGGAAUCCCUCCUGGUUUUAGAAGCUUUAACAAUGGAUUUGGAAACGGUGCUGUUUACGCUGAAGAAAUUUCGCCAGAGGAAAUAUUUAAUAUGUUUUUCGGAGGGGAUGGUUUUCAUUCAGCGACUUUCGUUGGCCCAGGAUUCAGCACACGAAGGUUUCAGCCACGUAGAGCAUCACCAAAUGGACGAGGCGCUCGAGAACAGCAUACUUCCCCAUUACUUACAUUUCUUCAACUUUUACCUCUUAUCCUCCUUUUCUUAUUCUCCUUUUCUUCUAGUUGGUUUUACCCUGCACAAGAACCAAUGCCACCAUAUUAUCUUCAAGAAACUGGUCGUUAUUCACAACAAAGAUUUACUUAUUCACUACAAGUUCCUUAUUUUGUCGAACGUGUUCAAUUUUCGUCUGUUGAACAAAAUCCACGGCAAUUACGUAAAUUUGAAGAUAAUAUAGAAGUUGCAUAUAUAAGAAGAUUACACUUAGAUUGUAAUGCAGAGUUCACAACUAAACAACGUAUGAUAAAUGAUGCCAAAGGGUGGUUAUUUCGGGAUGAAGAAAAACUAAAGGCUGCUGAGGCAAGGAGUUUACCAAGUUGUGAAAAACUUAUGGAAAUCAGUAGAUCAAAAAGAUAUAAAGAAAUUCAACAUUUGGGCCUUUUUUGCCGUAUCCAACGUCCAAGUCCAAGCAUGUUUAUAAAGUCUAAAAUUUUAUAUAAAAAACCAUAA